GCCGGGGAGGCGUUGGGCAGAGCUGGGCUGCGGCUCCGCCCCCGGGGGUUGCCGUUUCCUUAGAAGGCGAAGCCCUAGGCCUGGCCUCUCGCCGCAGGGAGUCCGCGGUUCGCCUCCCGCACCCUUCCAGACCGGGAAUUGUGCGAGCGCGGGAAGACCGGCGGAGCCAGAGCUUCAGCUCGGGCGUGGACGGGGCGGGCGCUGGGGCGGGGCUCGCGCUCGCCGUUUUGAAUGGAAGGAUCUAGAUCGGUGGGGACAGGGGCCAGCGGGUCCUGAAACCACAACUCCACCGCCGCCCCGCGCGCCAUGCGGCCGGAGAGGUGUGGCGCCUCUCGCCUGCGCUUCGGCCAUGGAGGUGUUGCGGCGCUCUUCUGUCUUUGCUGCGGAGAUCAUGGAUGCCUUUGAUCGUUCGCCUACAGACAAGGAGCUGGUGGCCCAGGCCAAGGCACUAGGCCGGGAGUACGUGCACGCGCGGCUUUUGCGCGCGGGCCUCUCCUGGAGCGCACCAGAGCGUGCUUCACCGGCUCCUGGAGGACGCCUGGCGGAGGUGUGCACCGUGCUGCUACGCUUGGGGGAUGAGCUGGAGCAGAUUCGGCCCAGUGUAUACCGAAAUGUGGCCCGGCAGUUGCACAUCUCCCUACAGUCUGAGCCUGUGGUGACGGAUGCCUUCCUCGCUGUGGCGGGCCACAUCUUCUCGGCAGGCAUCACAUGGGGCAAGGUAGUGUCCCUGUACUCAGUGGCUGCGGGCCUAGCAGUGGACUGUGUUCGGCAGGCUCAGCCUGCCAUGGUUCAUGCGCUGGUUGACUGCUUGGGGGAGUUUGUGCGAAAGACCCUGGCGACCUGGCUUCGGAGGCGUGGUGGAUGGACGGAUGUCCUCAAGUGUGUGGUCAGCACAGACCCUGGCUUCCGCUCCCACUGGCUUGUGGCCACACUCUGCAGUCUUGGCCGCUUCCUGAAGGCUGCGUUCUUCCUGUUGUUGCCAGAGAGAUGAGCUGCACACCAGGGCAGGGGCCAUUCCUAGGGCCCCUGGGCCCAACCCAAGAGGCCCACAGCACCUGCAAAGCACCUCCUGCACUCAAAUUGGGAGCAUCCAACCCCUGGGGCCCUGUCCCAAACCCCAUUCCUUUGUGGACCCUGGCCUCUGGGAGGGGUGAGUGGAGAAGGCUGGAGUCUGGAGCUGGCCUCUGUGUCUACUAUAGCUCUUCUCCUGGAACUCCUGCCAGAAAGUCACCAUGAGUGUCCAGCUCUAGAGAAAGGGACCUGUGAACACUUUUACUUGAUGUCCCAGGCCCCACCUUGGGAAGGGGCCUGCCCAGGACAUAAGCUGGUCUCAGUCUGUUUGGGAAGCAGGCCCUGUACAUUUGAUCUGGUUAAUGCAGGAGAAGCCAGGGAUGUUUACUGUCCCUAAAGUCUGAGAAGAAGGCUUCUUGCUGCUGCUUAGGCUAUUUCUAGAUGAAGAAGGUGUCCCUAACCCACAAAUGGGUCCUUUGGGGCAGGGACCAGGGAUGUAGGGCUCUAUGCUAGUAGUUCAGCUGACCAGUAGACAAGAGGCCCUGUGGAUGAGGAGCUCUGUGUAAGUUGUACUCCAAUAAAGUGCUAACCCAGUGAA